UGCAAUUCACAGUAUCACAAAUAGAGGUUUGCAAGUAAAUAAGUAAGCGUUCCUAGUCACCUCCGAACAAUGUGAUUCGCAGCCAAAUACGCUAGAAUCACCUUCGAAGGUUUUCCCUCUUGAUAGUAAAUUCUAGUUCUCUCUAAACCAAACCAAAAUCGUGUCAGUCAAACUGCAAGCUAGAAAAUAAUGAGUAGAUACCAUCCAGCUGAGCAGCGUCCAUUUGGCAGUACGUUGUAGGCUGAAACGAGUAUAUUUGAUUUGCGCAUGCGCCAUAGCUAACACGUGUAACAGAAUGUAAUUAGAUAAUACACUUGUAUAAGUACAGUCUACCUUACAUUUAGCGACAUUGGGUUUAGCGACACAUCGGUAUUAACGACCGAAACGUUUUACCCUAUCAAGAAGGUAGUACAAAAUAUGUCUUCCUACCUCGGGUUUAGCGACAGCGGAUAUAGUGACAAAUUGCAUUUACCGACCUGUCUAAACUGUCCAGUGUAGUACUAAUUUCCUCGUUUAUACCGACCAAUGUAAAUUUUGUAACGCAUGCGCCGAUCACGUGUCUUGAGCAUGGCUUCCAGAAAGCGAAAACGGCUGUCAUUCUCAGAAAAAUACGCGAUUUUGGCCGAACUCGACUCUGGCGUGUCACGGAAUGCGUUGGAAAAGAAGUACGACGUCCCUCACGGUACUUUAGCUGGCAUCAUCAAAGACAGGCGUCGAAUAGAAGAAGCAGUUGCCAGCGGAACGAGCCUAGGUGCUAAGAGUUCAAAGUUAUCGAGAUAUUCUCAGAUCGACGCUGCUCUGCUUGAGUGGUUUCGUCGAAUUAGGACCAAUUGUCCAGAAACUCCGAUAACUUGUCUGGAGAUUCUAACGAAGGCAACCGCAAUAGGAAAAGAGCUGAAAAGAAGAGAAGUUGCUGCUUACAAGUCGUUUGACGAAAAUUGCCUCGAUCUCAAUUGGGUGGAUCGCUGGAAGAAGAGGAAUGCGAUAGCAUCAAAGAAAAUGCACGCCGAAAGUCAAUCAGCCGACAAAAAUGCUGCAGCUGAUUGGGUGCAAAAUCAGCUGCAAUUGAUUCGACAAGAAUUCUCUGAUGACAACUUCUUUAAUGCAGAUGAAACUGCGCUAUUUUGGAAACUCAUGCCUGAUAGAACCCUCGCAUUCAAAGGUGAAAAGUGCCGAGGAGGAAAACAUUCUAAGGAACGCCUAACAAUUCUUGUCGACGCCAGUGCUACGGGAGAAAAAUUGUCUUUAUUUGCUAUUGGCAAAAGCAAGAAACCACAUUGCUUUCGCGGUGUGGCAAACAUUCCCGUAGCUUACGAUGCUAACAGAACUGCUUGGAUGACGAAGCAGUUAUUUGAGCCGUGGCUGAGAAAGUUAAACGCAAAAAUGCUUGGCCAGAAAAGAAAAAUUGCGUUGAUUCUUGACAAUUUUUCAGGCCACCCUCAGGUUGCCUUGUCAAACGUGAAAGUAUUCUUUCUUCCUCCAAACACAACGUCUAUAGUCCAGCCAAUGGAUGCAGGCAUUAUAAAGAACUUGAAGUUUCACUAUAGGCGAUUGUUGAUGAAGAAGCCAUUGCUCUGCUACGAAACGGAAACGCCAUUUGCAAUUAACGUUCUUCACGCUUUAGAGUGGCUAAAAAUAGCAUGGAAAUCGGUUGAUGCUCAAGAGUGGAAGAGCCGCGUCUUCCGCAUUCCUUUCCGCUUUGGAGCAACGCAGAGGAUGCCUGGUCUCACACAAGGGAUUGACUGGACCGAAUUCGUUGACGUAGACCAAUGUGUUGCGGUGGGGCCUAGCAGUAAAAGAGACUCCGUUAAUGAUAUUUUAGACACAGUCUUUCCAGAAACAAGAGAACCACUCGAUGAAAGCACUACCUCUGACGAAGAAGAUGUCGAAGAAAUUGAUACUUCUCCUCCACCAUCGUUCAAAGAGGCUAUGACAAGCAUUGGAUCAGCAUUGGACUAUCUUCGGACAAUUCAAGGGUCAGAGGCAGAGUGCCUGAAAUUGGCAAAUAUUCGUGAGUAUAUGGUAACUGAGAUAUGGGUGGUCGAAGAACUUUGUCAACAGCAGAAUUUGACCUUAUUAAGUACUUGA